AUGGAGAAUCAUUUGCAAUAUAUGGAACAGAAGUUGAGAUCACAGCACGUGCAAAGGGACGACUCUGAUAAGGCCCGUCAGCUCGAGACAUCACUCGACGACACGAAAAGGCGUCUCAAUCAAGAGAAGCAGACCAACCAGAACUUCGAAGAUAUGCUCAACGCCCUACGAGAAAAUCUUAAACAGGUCGGCAACGAGCGUGACAAUUUGCGCGAUGAGGUUGUCCCGUCCUUGAGAUCUCGCAUCGAAGGACUUGAGGCUGCAUCGGCGGAUGCUCAGAAGGCACCGUACGAUGUCGCUCGAAUGCAGCAUGAACUGCAGAGUCUUCGCGACGAGAACGCCGCACUGCAUUCAGCUCGCAUGAUGAACGCCCAGUUCGAGUCGAUAGCAGAAGAUGAGUCGAUGACCGGACGUCGAAACUCGCUCAUCGGUGGAAAAGGCUUGCAAAGGUCGACUACGUUGGGCCGGUCCAACUCUCGCGCCGGAGCUGGACUGACACGGUCCAACUCAAUCUCAAGAAAUUUGCUGAACGAAUCUCGCGAAUCGCUAGCAGAGCAACUGAAGGCCACCGAAGAACAGCGUGAAGCUCUUCAUACAGCAGUGAAGUAUCUGCUUAGAAGACAGACUCAUCAAGGCAAGCAACAUGAGAAGCGCUUGAAGGUCGCCGAGCUGGAACGCGAUCGGGCAGCACAGAUGGCCUACAAUGGUGGCCGAAAGCACGGGUACGAGAAAGAGGUGAAAGUCCUCAGAUCAGAGAUCGCCCUUCUACGAAGGCGAGCAGAUGAUGCUAUGGAGCAGAAGUGGCAAUGCGAAAAGGGCCUUGCAAGCUUGGCCAUGGACCUUAACCGCAGCAAGCAAGAGACCGAAAGUCUGACGAAGCUGCUCGAGGCAAAGGACAACAACGACCCUGAGACUUAUUCAGCUGCGCUUGAGGCUGCGCUAAAGCAACUCAACCAGCAAAGGACCAGCGUGAUGGCUAGGGACUCUCUAGGCUCCAUCGAGAACGAGCAAGCGAUGGCGGACGAGCUAGAGCGGUCUGCUGAACGCGCCGAGUCGCUAGCAACACAGGUCAAGCAGCAGGUCAAGAACAACUCCUCUCUGAGAAACAGACUCAAGGACGCCAUUGCUCAGGGCGAGCGAUCCCAGCUAGCAUCUGCCGAACAGAUCACCGAGCUCCAAGCAAAGCUGCGCAGGCUGGAAGACACCAUCACCGCUGCACAGACACAGUCCGAGACCGCCGUCAUGAGGCACGAGGACGAAAUGCGGGUGAUGCGUGCCAGCACCAGCGUCCAUCUUCUGCGAGCCAAGAAUAGUAACCCUAGUCUACUCUCACCUGCGCCGCGCUCGCCACUGAGCCCGAUGAUCGCCAACUCGAAGAAAAGCCCGCGUCUCGAGAUCACCACAUCUGGUCCUGGCAUCGCCCUGCACGAGGCACUGCGGACUGAAUACCUUGAGAAGAAAGUCGGCGAGCUCGAGUCAGCUCUCGCCGAAGCAGAAAAGGAGAUGAGUGAGGUCGUCAAUCGUAUGGGUGUAGCUCAGAUCAGCUCAAUGGAGCUUGAGGGCGAGAGAGACGAAGCACUUCGCCAAACCCGCAAACUCCAGAACGACAUUGCCUCUGAGCGAGAGAACAUGAAGCAGCUCCUGGCGGGCAUGGGCCUGCCGCCUGAGUCGGCUGGCAUGAGAGACGACUAG